ACCACCACCAUAAUAUCCACCAUCUUCAAGGAGGAGUACAAGAUUCUGCACGCCAAGUGCCUGCAAAAGCCCGACUUGGGCAGUUCCCGUCGAAAAAUGCUCGCUCCGCACGCCAGCGCCGCCCGGCCAACGACUACCACGUCGUCAUGGUAUCUAGCCUCAUCGAAUCCUUCUGUUUCAGCACAGACUGCAUUCGAAAAGAGCUUUGCAAACUUCAAAUUGAAGUUGGCGUUGCACCCAAAGAAGCGAGUUUGGUUCAACAACAGUCAGGCCACUAAGCUACAAGAUGUCCUUGACGAGGCCAACAAAGCCCAAAAGAACUACGACGAUAAGCAUCGUGAUUCGAAGCUGCACAAGUAUAUCUUGGCUUUUUCGAAGAGGGUAGCAUACUACGGAAAAGUGUUGGAUGUCAUGGUACAGCACCACCCAGAGUACGUGUCGCUGGCAUGGGGAGCAUUGAAGUUCAUCUUUGGCGUUAUUAUUGAGCACGAUAAAAUUGGCACGACAAUCGUGACUGCACUAAACGAUAUUGGUGAUGCAUUGUCACGCAUUGAUCUCGCCGAGUCAAUGUACCCGACGGAGAAGAUGAAGGAAACUAUUGUCAUUUUGAAUUGCCAUAUCAUGGAAUUCAUCUGUAGAGCGAUUGAAUGGUUCGACUCUAGCCCUUGGUUGAGAGUCAUCAAGUCCAUCGCCAAACCUGUAGCGUUACAUUACGACGACCUGAUCAAAGACAUCAAUAGGACAAUAGGCACGGUAACCGAUCUUUCAGUCGCCGGGAGUCAGGCUGAACAACGAGACAUGCAUCUGGAGAUGCUCAGAGAGCACCAGGCCGAACACGAUUUUCGCUCGGUUGUCCAAGCCAGGCUAGACGAGAUGCAGCACCAGUUGAAUACAGUUGUCCAACAAAAGUUCUCCGACGGUGAUUUGAAAGCCGUUUAUUCAAAACUACAUGAAGUCACGGCACUAGUACAAGGGUUGAGCAAGGACCAAGUGUCGUCUGAGAAGACACUGCUACAAGAGCUAGUUGUGAUGAAACAGGAUAUUCAAUCCACCCAAGCAGAUAUCCGACAUCAGCUCUCAGAGGUCCAGCUUGAUCAGGCCAUCUCAUACAUGUCUACCAAAUGUGUUAUUGAGCACAAAGUGGCAUACGAGCAUGCCAUCCUGUUACGAAAAGUGCAUCGAGUCAGUUUAGACAGAUGUGCGCCUUUCUGGGACUCGCAGCAACUCCAAACAUGGGAUCGAGCACCCUCACACUCCUCAAUCGUGGUUUCGUCAACGUUCCGCGACCGACUCAACAUCCGCGACUUUUACGUGGGGGUUAUCGAGCAGUUGCUCGAUACUCGUAGCCCAGUGCUCUGGAUCAUCCAGCAAAAGGACAAAAAGGGCGAGAAGCAUAACAUAUUUGACAUCCUCAGGAGCCUGAUUGUCCAAGCGCUCAACCAAGCGCGUUCCACACAAACCGACGUCGGUAUUUCUUCUCGCAUACGGGGCUUGGAAGCCGCUACCUCCGUAUCAGACUACACGUGGCUGCUGGUGGACGUUCUCUCUCAGCUUCAAGUAGUAUAUAUCAUCGUCGACGUGAACGCUAUUUUGCCCGAUUCAAUCCAAGAAUGCCGCGAAGUCUUUCAAAAUGCUGUUCGUCUGAUGGAAGAGCAUCAAAAGCAUACAGUACUCAAGACUAUGUUCGUGGGGUAUGUUUCCUUGAAAGAUUUGCUAGGCAAGGACCGACGGCAACAGGCGGUUGUCAGAGUACCAGAAACAUCAAAGAAGAAAGGGAAGAGAGUCCCACAUGCUCCAUUAAAGGGAAAGUCAAAGAAUAUAAGAAAUCCGCGUUAG